CCUGCAGAGAGCGUGAACAUACUGCACCACCCACACCCAUACUAUCCUGCUCCUUCCAGUUCCAGGACUGUGUCUCCUCCUCCAGCUGCACAGGAAGAAGUGACUGACACAGUGUAACGCUGGUCACAUGAGCCUGCUGCAGUCAUUGGGAUUCAGGCCAAUGGCAUCAGUGACGAGAGACGUGUUUGGUAACCUGCCAGAUGGCAAGACAGUGGAGAGGUUUCAUCUUGAGUCAGACUUCAUCAAGGCCGAGAUUAUAUCCUUUGGCUGCAUCAUAACUCGUUUAGAAACAAAAGAUAGACAUGGACAUUUCAGAGAUAUUGUCCUUGGGUUUGAUAGUUUGGAAGGAUACUUAAACAAGCAUCCCUACUUUGGAGCAGUGGUUGGGCGAGUUGCAAACAGGAUUGCCAAUGGUAAAUUUAGUGUUGACGGAGAAGAUUACAAGUUACCCAUUAAUAAUGGGCCAAAUAGCAUCCACGGAGGAAUCAAAGGCUUUGACAAGGUACUUUGGAAACCUAAGGAGAUUGAAAAUGGGGUUCAAUUCUCUUACACAAGUGCUGAUGGAGAAGAAGGAUACCCUGGUGAAUUAACAGUCUGGGUGACCUACACACUUGUUGGCAGUGAGCUCACUAUAAACUAUAAGGCUCGGACCAAUAAGAGCACACCGAUCAAUCUGACAAACCACUCUUACUUCAAUUUGGCAGGACAGGGUUCAGAAAACAUAUAUGAUCAUGAGAUUUCUAUUGAUGCUGAGCACUAUCUUCCUGUAGAUGACACCAUGAUACCAACAGGAGAGGUGGUGCCGGUUGAAGGAACCUGCUUUGACUUACGGAAUCCUGCUGAUCUUGGGAGUCAGAUAGCGAAACUCAAAGGAAAUGGAUUUGACCACAACUUUUGCUUGACUGACCAUCUACACUGCUGUUCAAGAGUAUAUCACAAGCCAAGUGGCAGAGUGCUCACAAUCCGUACAACUCAACCUGGGGUCCAGUUCUACACUGCUAAUUUCUUGGAUGGAUCUCUUAAUGGAAAAGGAGGAGCUGUAUAUCCUAAGCAUUCUGCAUUUUGCCUUGAGACUCAAGCGUGGCCAGAUGCAGUAAACAAGCCACAAUUCCCAAAUGCUCUUCUGCAUCCAGGAGAGGAGUAUGACCAGACCACCUGGUUCAAUUUCUCUGCGCAGUAAAUGCACUUUUACCGUAUAGCAGUGGUGGCCAUCCUAUGCCUUCUGCAGCUGCUGGAGAAUUGUGUCAACCUGUCCUCCCGAUACUGAUAAAGACGUAUCUAACCAUUUAGUUAUAUAUACACUACUGCCAGAACAAUAAAUGGUCGUCAUAAAGA